AGGAGGGACUGUAGAGUAGCGUGUCAGGGAACUACUGCGGGCUUCCUCCGCAGCCGUCAUUUGUUCUAUCCUGAAAUUAAAGUAUAUAGGAUAUCUGUAUGGUAUAAUAUGCCAGCUGAAGUCAUCGGACUGGAGGAAAAUAGCAAUGGAGGAUUUUGAUCGUGUGAAAGAUGUCAAGAUAUGGUUGCUAAUAUUGCUUUGUUUGUGGGAUUCAUCCUCUGGGCAGAUUGUAUACUCCGUGUCAGAGGAGGUGAACAAGGGAACCGUGGUUGGAAAUAUAGCGAAGGAUCUGGGUCUUAAUAUCAAUGAACUGGAAUCGAGGACGUUUCAGAUUGUGUCGGGAUCCAGCAGGAAAUAUUUUGAGGUAAAUCUGAAAAGUGGCGUAUUGUUUGUGAAUGAGAGAAUCGACCGAGAAGAGCUGUGUCCGAGUGCUCAGAAAUGUACUUUAUUUUUAGAAGCCAUUAUUCACAAUCCUUUAAAUCUUUACCGCGUAGAGAUUAAUGUCUUAGACGUAAAUGAUAACGCACCGUUUUUUUCACGGAACAAGAUAGAGUUGAACGUAAGCGAAUUUGCUAAUCCAGGGGACAAAUUCUCCAUUCUUACGGCAGAAGAUCCUGAUAUGGGCAGUAACUCUGUUAAAGCGUACAAGCUGAAUCAGAAUGAACACUUUGGCCUUGAUGUACAAAGCGAAGGAGAGCAGAUACAAUCUGCUCAGUUAGUGCUUCAGAAAGCACUAGACCGAGAGAAACAGGCAGUGAUACCUCUAGUAGUUACUGCUGUUGACGGAGGGAAACCUCCCAGGUCGGGAACCCUGCAGAUCACCGUGAACGUGAUGGAUGUGAACGACAACACCCCAGAAUUUAGCAGGCCACUGUAUAAGGUUAAAAUGAAAGAAAAUGUUCCAUCCGGGACGCCGGUCAUAACACUGAAGGCGACCGAUUCAGAUGAGGGUCCUAAUGGUCAAGUAAUUUACUCUUUACUUAAUCAAAAAAUCGUGAAGCUUAACAUUUUUGGCAUUAAUCCAAAUACAGGUGAAAUAACCGUAAAAGGAAAUAUUGACUACGAAGAAAAUCCUAAUUUUGAAAUCCGUGUAGAAGCUACUGAUCAAGGUUUCCAUCCGCGCAGUACGCAAUGUAAAGUGCUGAUUGAAGUAAUUGACAUGAAUGACAAUCGCCCUGAAAUAGCAAUCACUCCAUUAAUGAAAAGUUUGAGGGAAGACGCAACUAACGGAACAGCUGUGGUGCUGAUUACAGUGUCUGAUAAAGAUGGAGGAGAAAAUGGAAGGGUGAAUUGCGAUGUAGUUGGCAAUUUUCCUUUUAAACUGCAGACUUCUAUUAAAAACUAUUAUUCGCUCGUCGUUGCUGGACCGCUAGACAGGGAAAGCGCUCCUCAAUACAACGUCACCAUCAGAGCUACAGAUGAGGGAACCCCGCCUCUGUCCAGCACCAGCGUCAUUACCGUGCACGUUUCUGAUGUGAACGACAAUGCGCCGCGUUUCGCACAGCCGAUAAUAAAUAUCUAUGCAAAAGAGAACAAUCAGAUCGGCACCGUUAUAUAUACCGUGUCUGCGGCUGAUCCGGAUGAGAACGAAAACGCCCGAGUUUCUUACUCGCUCAUUGAAGGCUCUUUAGCCAGAGUUCCACUUUCUAAUGUAAUAAACGUUAAUUCGGCCAGUGGGGAGAUAUACAGCUUACAGUCUUUUAACUACGAAGAA